CUCCCCUCCCUCCCCCUCUCCUUCCGGAGCUCACGAGAUGUCCACUAGCAACGGUGGGGGGAUGCCCUCCCCCUUGGACGCACCCCUCGACAUCCCCAAACUCUUCGAUGUAUCGGGGCUGCAGCAAGCAUUCACCUGGGUGGUCCAAAAGCUACAAGUAAGCUCCGCAUCCACAAAAGCAAGGCAUUCAGCCCAUCACCACCGCUGAACACAUGACCCCUCCGUGCCUUAUUGCUUGCAGUCGCACGAACAGACGAUAAGGGCACAACAGGAACGGAUUGCUGCCCUCACGGAUGCGUAAGGCGAUGCACGACACUUGGACCAUUGCUACGUUUCCUGGUCCCAUCUCAUCAGGAGGCCGGUUGCUCAGAAUGGCGACCGGCAGUUCCAAAAACUCACCGAACAACUCAGCACGGAAGCAGACCAGGCUGCUCAGGUACGUGUGAGGUGCCUCAUAUUCUGCAGCGGGUAUGCACAGCAUCCCUCCCUGCUGCUGCUCAGGUGUUGGGCAGCAUCGAGCGCAAGAUGGCUUCCCCCGAAGGCCCUGAUGCAGCCUCGCCCGAACAGCCACCGUCGGUGCCCGAAGGAGAGUCACCGCCGCCUCACCUCAUCUCACCUGAAAGGAAACUCAGGUGAGCGAAUCUUGAGGGACCGGGAAGUGCCUGAGGCUGUGGUCUUCGUACCUGGCGCUUUUUCUUCAUCAGGAGCGCCCACGGGAGGGAGGAGUCGCCGCCCCCGCAGCUCGCCCCCCGCUCCCAGGCAGGCAGAUCCUACGUCCUUGUCCUUCUGGUCUGCUGCAUCUGUCGGUUGUCAUCCUCCAGACCUUUGUGGGCACUACUCCCGUCAUCUCGUCUUUGUCGCCGGUCCUGCGCCCACCUGGGGACAGCGGAACCGUGGCUGAAUUGCAGGAGCGUGUCUCAUCGAUGCAGCGUCAGCUCCAUGGCCUGGUAUCAUGCUCCUGAAUUCGAUGAGGCAUGAUACCGCCUCCCCUGAUCAUCCCCUGAAUUGCAGGUGGCUGUCCUGGCGCAGCAGGAGGGAGAAGCAGCGCCUGGCCAGCCAGGCACCAGGGCCUCGGCCCAUGCAGUCAGCGUCCUCAAGUCAGACCUCCUGGGCAAGAUAGAGAAGCUGGCCAAGGGGCUCGACAGCCUCAAGAACAUACAGACAGAGACGGACAAACGCCCGGAGUCGGAGGGCAGCGCGAAGAGCCUGAAGGUCGUGGAGAGCGACAAAGGAUCGCCAGCGGUAGAAAGAACCGAACAUACUUCUUGAUGAUGGAAGCGGCCGGUUCUUGUUCUGUGCAGAUCACAGGAGACAUGCCUUUUGAGGCGGUGUGUCAGCGCGUGGCUAAGCUUGAAGAGAAGCUCGCCGAUGCGGAGCGGCAGCUGCUGUCCGAGGGUACCAAGAGACGCCAGCUGACCGAAAAGAACCUACAGCACGAAAGAGAAAAGGACACGGGUGAGCGAUGAGGGAGGAAAUCUCCUCUGCCGUCAUCAAUGCAGUUCAUCUGUAUUCCUCUUCCCUGUUCAGAAGGCAGUGGCAGUGGCAGCAGCAAGGGAUCCCGGCCAGGCACCAGAGGCACCCCUGACAAGCAGCCAGACAUCCUCGUGGUCGGUGCCGAGAGCCGCCUCACUCCGGAUCAUGGGAGCCUGCAGGAGUUCAAGCAACGUCUGGAGCGCUUGGAGGUGAUGGCCAGUGUUUUGGGCGGCGACGAGCACACGGAGGAUCUGAUCGACCGCCUGAGAGACGAGGUCAUGUCGGGGCCAGAGAUGGCAUCGGUCAGACAGCUGCCUGCCAAAGUCGCACAGCUGCAGGUAAGGCACAUACAAACGGACACGUGUUCAUCGUCACUGGAUGACGAGGAGCAUUCAUAUUGGUUUUCAGGAGCUGCUGAGGCAGAAAGGCAUGUCUCCAGCGCCGAGCCCCCGCAACAGGCCCCGCAGUGAUGCCAGCGGGUCAGAUGAGAGCGCAGUGGCGUCCGAUGCCGAGUUGACGCCCAGAGCGGCCCAGCAGCAAGCAGAGUUCGAGAAGCGCUUCCAAGCCGUUAAGAGGCAUGCAUGAGCGAAUGCAUACGCACCAUGCCAACCUGCUGUGGACAACAAGUCUCUGCAUACGUCAGGUUUGAUGCGAGUCUCAAGUACUGGCUUCGUCAGGAGCGUGAGGUUGUUAAGGACAUGAUAGUGCAGGCCCUCACUAACGCCCGUGACCUGGAGGACAACUAUGACCACUUCGACCUGGGCAUCGCCGAGCCGCCGCCCCCGCCACCAGAGGCCGUGGAAGGAACCGGGCUGCCAGUGGUAUGCAUACACCUGCCAAACAACGCCCAUUCUCAGUGAGUUUGGCUGCCAUUGGUCAGGCUGCGACCAAGAAGGACGUAGAUGCGCUAAAACGGAUAAUCGAUGACAACGAGAAGGAGCUCAAGACGGUCAAACGCGAUUGCCAGCGGCUGAGCGUAGCCUUCAGUUCAUUCAGGCACAAGAAGCGCCGUUCCGAGUUCAUGGAGGGCCAGGUGGUGCAUGGACUGUCUGAGGGAGAUGAGAGCGGUGAGGGCGAUGCCGGCAGCGGGUUGCGUCCCAAGGGGAGAGCCAAGAGUGUGGCGAUCGCCCAGCAGACGCGAAUCGACGCCAUCGUCACGACGAGCGAGAGCGCGCGCAAGAGUCGGAUCGAGCUCGAAGAGGAGGAAGAAGACAUGGUACAAGAGGAAGGGGAUCACGCCGUACCUCGAAUCGACGACGAGAGCAUUGUGGAGCUGAACGAGAAAAUCAAACGGUAUGUGAAUGCAUACGGUGAGAGUGACAGGUGUCUCUCCUGAAAAUGUGUCAGAACGGAGGCCCUCGGCAUGGCACUCAAGACGGACGUGGAGGCUCAUAAGAAGAAGCACGAGGAGAUACUCGCACACACACACCUCCUCGAAAUCACCAAACACCUGUACAGAAGCACUAACAGAGAUAAUCACGCAAUCAAUCACGUAUAUCUGUUUCUCAGUGACAGUUCUAGCGGAUCUGAGGCUCCCUCUCGGCUCGCAGGGAUCAUGCAGGGCGUGCGCGAGUCGAGAGGCUCCUCGAACGGCAGAGGCCCACUCGUCGGGCCGCCGCCAGACGCCGCCGCCAUUCGCAAGAAGCCGACGGGGGUCUUCGAGGGCUCCACAGGGAUGGGCGUGGAGGGACAGGAGCUGUCGCAGUCCCUUCAGCGGCAGAUCAACAUGGACCAUCACAGAAUAUUCGACCUGGAAGAGAAAAUGAAGAACCUCGAGGUGGCACACUGAUGGAAAGAAGGGAAGCCUUCCAAAUUUCUGUACUUGCUUUCAGGCUUUUGAGUUGGCGGAGCUGAGCUCGAGCAUGAGCACACUGAAUGCCGAGUUCCAGGUCUUGUCGGGAGACGUGACGGACAAGGCCGGACAGAUAUACAAGUGAGCAAGCGAACAACGCGCACACACGCGCACACGGACUUGGUGGCCAUUGUCUGCCCUGCGUGCCUGUCUGCCUGUCAGGAUGAAGGAGGACUUUGGCAAUCUGGGUCUGGAGUUCAAGACGGUAAGCGGCAAUUUAAAGCAGAUGGCGUGGGAGGCCAAGGAGGCCGUUAAGAGCCUACGCAACGAGGUGCUCUACAAGAAGGCAAACAUGGAAGAUCUCGAACGAAUCGCCGAAAAGGUCACAGCUCGUUCGCGAAAGCGUGUCGCAAAUCCGUGUCUCGGUCGUCCCUCGUCUAUGCAGGUGAAGGUGAUGGAUCGGUCUUUGCACGACAACCGCAGCCUGCUUAGCGGCACUGUGAGCGAGGAGGCUGUCCGUCGUGCCCUUCUAAACUUCGAGGACCGACUCAUCGGUCUGCAGAGACAGAUGGAGGCCACACUGCAAUUCGCCAAGAAAGGAGUGAGUCGGAAAUGAGCGGAAGCGAGUGGCAUGUGAUUUGUUUGUUGCUACAGGGCCGUGGCAUGACGCGUGAAGACGCUGAGCUGACGGGUGGCACUUUGAACAAGAUAGAUGAAUUCAACCGCGAGAUCGAGAGAAACGAAGAAGUCACGGCGCAACUCGCAAAGUGACUCAAACAGAGAAGACAGCCUGAGACAUGCAUGGCAUGGACCAACACUCACUGUCUUUGUGUUUGCGAUGCAGACUUCAGGCCCGUUUCCGCGCCAUGACUGACGAGCGCGAGAAGGAUGCAGCCGAGCUCAAGAAGGUGGUUGGCCUCACCCGCGCCAUCCAAAAAGACGCAGACGCUUCUACCGACCACCUCCGCCGCAUCGAUGCGGUCCUGAAGCUACACGCAGAGAAGUUCGCCCGGCACGCCACCGUCCGUGAGGCCUUUGCCGAGUUCGCCCAGUCCCUCGACGCAGUGCAGCACCGACUGGACGAGAAGGACACCAAAGACCCGAUGGCAGCCAGUGGCGGCAAGACUCGUCUCGCCAAGAAACGGGGCGGGCAGCCGGAGCUGGGAGAGGCGAUCGAGAGUCUGAAGGCAGCCAUGACAAGUGCCGCCAGCGGGGCAGACAUCCAGGAGCAGCUCGACGAUUUCAGGGUGGAGACACGGGAGGAGAUGGCCCGCCAGCUGCGGCUGUUUGACCUGCGCCUGGCGCCGGCCUUUGACGAGGUGCGUGAUCGCCUCAGCCGCAAGGCGGAUGCGGCGGCGCUGAAGACCAAGGUGGACCUGACGGACUGGCAGAAGCUGAAGGAGCGGCUCGAGGACUUUGAGAGGUACAUCGGGGGAAAAGACGGCUUCAGGACUCUCCUCUCGCGGAAGCCCCUGCAGGGCACUCUCUGCGCCUCGUGUGAUAGGGAAAUUGACCAACUAGCGAGUAACACGGAUGGCCAAUAAAUGGCUUGCUCUUGUAUGUGCAUGUCUGGUGAUGUCGCUGUGUCUGUAUGCAGCCACAACAGGAGGCCCUAGCACAUGGAAGAAGCUCCCGCCGCGCGAGCCGCCCCCCACACUCCCUCCCCCCGCCAGCAGCCUCCCUCCCGCCGGCACCACACUCCCGCUCAUCCCAACAGCCAACGGAUCGAUGGCACAGCUGGACGCCUCACAGCAACACCACAAUGUCGGGAUGCCGGCUCUGCCGCCAAAUACAGCUCGUGCCUCGCUGCCACCCGUGCUGAGCCCCGACACCAGCAACCCCCCACACACGUCGAGACAGGCAGGGGGUGUCGAUCUGUCCAUUGGAGGCACGCCAAUCAGGCGUGUCCAGCCUGGUGUUGCAGGCAAUGAGGGCGAGGGCGGUGCUGAAGAUGAAGGAGGGCAGCAGACCAGCGCCGGACCACAAGCCGCAAAUGGGAAACAGACGAAUGGAGGUAGGUGCCAAGAGGUCCAAAUAUGGAUGCUCCCAUUUGCGUGUCUCUCUCUCUCUCUCCCUCUCUCUCUUUUGUCCGAUAGCAGCUGGACGUCUUCCGUCUUUGAACAGCAGCAGCGAGAGGUGGAUGCCUGGCUCGCGCCGGCCGAACUCGCCAAAUCAGGAGGAUGGAGGAGCGGGAGAAAGACAGGAGGGGACAGACAAGGUGGUUCUUGCCAUCACCCCGACGCCAAGAGAGGAAAAGAAAUAGGAGCCCACGGAACGAUUGUUUUUGACUUGCAUUGACAUCUGCUCACAUUCUUCAUGCAUGCGACGUUCACGGUAUCUCAUGUUUGCGCGCAUGCGCAUACAUGCAUGAGGGAUUAGGCGUUGACUCGACACACAAUCAUCUUACUGCACAAAACCAUCUGCAACGCC